AUGAACACCAACUAUAAUUACAUCAACACUAAAGAAGCAACUGGGAAUCGACAGAAAUCAUGGAUUGCUGCUGCUUUGAGUACAACGACGGGCGGCGGUGUAGUAUCGACGACGACAUCAUUAACCGCCUCUGCUGCAAUGCGUCGUCCUGUCGAACUUUCUCGAACUAAAAUCGAUAGCGAUGCAGCAGAGCAGCAUUUGCAAACAUUACUGCAUCGAUGGUUGGCAGAAGUCCAAAUACCCAUUCAACCUUGGUCUGGCAUCCUCUUAAAUAUCGUACUACAGCAAAUUAUGGCCGCUACCGCAGUCGUCGAUGAUACUACCAUCACUCACGUGGACACAUCACAAGGUCUAUAUCACCGCAAUCACCAUCAUCCUAACCCUACUGCCGCUAUCACCACCAAAACUACCACUACUAGUUCUAUUCUUGAGGGUGGUGAUUUUGGUCACAAGGAAAAGAAGAACGGAUUAUCGCGGGCGCUUGAUCGAUCAUCGCCAUCGUCAGCCACUGCUUUAUGGAUUCAAUGUAUACCAAACGGAAAGCCAGAACAAUCGCAAUUCCUACCCAACAUAUACAAAGGCGUGCCCCUUAGUAACGUAUUAUCACACGUUGAUGACGGAAGAUGGUGGCACGUUGGUGGUACAAUAGAACUGCAAGGCUUGGUUUCUCCAUCAAGCUAUAACUAUAUGAGUGAUCUGAUAUGCGCAUUGAUGCAUGUGCUUGGUAAUAUGCAUUUGGAGACAAGUCUUUGGCGCGAUCAUCAUCUGACACCUCCCCAACAGCAGCAGAAAAACAGACGAAAGAAACGCAUUCCUUCGCCGACUAUAGUAGCACCACCACCAUCGCCACGUCGUCGAAUGAAUGAGCCACCGACAGUGGUGUCUAUGACAACGGCUCACAACACUAGGAAGAGUACUACGCAGAGCAACACUGCUGCUAAGCCGGUUGCCCUUAUUAAAUGGGUGUUUUCUCGCAGUAAAUGGACUAGCAGCAAGCCAAAGCAGUCAAAGCAAAUGCAACAUCGACCCGUCCUUCUACAACACUCACCUACUGCUACAGCUAAUACUUCAUCCACCAAUGUCUCUCUGCUAUUCUCCAGCAAAGAACCAUCGUUGCCACCAGCACCACGCAUUGCUCGUAAUAUAUGUAACCAACUCACCACGACACAUGUUUCAUCAUCCAUCGGCCGCAUGUAUUCCUUACCCAGGAUUUUGAUCCAUUUGCGCGAUUUUGAAGAAAACGAACAAAAGGCGCUCGACAAAGCAAAAGAAUAUUCCAGUUACUCGAAACCAUCCAGCUUACUGCGUUUUCCAUCCAUGUUAUCUCGGACAUCCUCAUUACGGAGACGAGGGGGACCCAGCAUGCUAAGAGGCCGACAGCUCCAACAACAACAACAGCUUUUUGUUGUUGGCAGCAACUAUUAUACAAACGUUCAAUUACUAAACUUGGAGCGAUUACUGUUAAUCGACACCACUCCUCCAUCUCUUUUGGGAUUUAUCCGACAACAACAUAUUUCAUUCACCUACUCUUUCUAUCCCAAAAACAUGAAACGAAAACAGCAACAGCCGCAUCAAAAACGACCGUGCGUGGGUCCCAACAUUGCUCGUAUGGAUUAUUAUCGUUACAAAGCCGAUCCGAAUUUGCAUAUCAGUCGUCAAUUUUUAGACCAGUCUUUGGGUCUGACGAUCAUCCACAUGAGCCAACAAGCGACGCAAUCAUGUUGGGAGUGGAUUAAGCAAAGCAAGCAAAACGAUCCGAGCAGGAAGAGUAAAAGAAAGUCGUUGAUAAUCAUACCCAAUAACAACAAUAUUGAUUACCUUCACCAGCAUGGCGAGCGACGAUACAAUAGUAGUAACGAAGAAGAAGACGAAAACGGAGAGGACGAAGAAGAAGAGGAUGGGGGAUGUGAACUACCGAUGACGGACCAUAUCCUGCGUUUUUCUCACGGACCUUCUCGAGUCUAUAUUGAUAUGAAUACGACCACUACCAUGAUAUUACCCAAUACGAUUGCCAGAACGGCCCCUGAAGAUGGCACCGUCAUCAUGAUGUGGUCUAAAUGUACUGUGUGCAAAGCAGAAACAAAACCGACGCCCAUGACACAUGCGACAUUUUGUUUCUCCUUUGCAAAGUAUCUCGAAAUUAUGCUCUACGAAAAAGGCAGUAAUACUAUGCCAUCAUUUCGUAGUCGUAGUGACGACAGCAACAGCAAUAGUGGUACCUGCAAGCACAAUAUCAAGUUAUCAGAUGUUGUCUAUUGUUUUUAUUAUGACCAUUGUACUUUACAAAUACGUCGCGACGAGCAUCCAAUCAAGUACACUCUAUGUACGCCCAAUAUCCCUGCUAUGACCAACACCGCCACUACGACUACGUCUCCCUCGUCGCCUAGUGUCCCUACUUCAACCAAUGCUUUUGAUAGUAGUGGUGAACUCAAUCACGAAAUCGACUUGUUCUUCACUGCCAUCAUACGCCAUCUAGAGUUAAUCGACCAUUAUUUGAAAGGCGAAGCCAAGCAAGAGCAGCUUUCAGCAGCGGAAAAGUCCGAUAUAGAGACACAACAUAAAGAGCUCAAAGCGUUAAAGCGAACAGCACAUAAUGAUUACAGCGAUUGGAUGCUCUACAUUGCAGACAAUAGCAGCAAAAAGCAUCAAUUGAAUGAUGUUCGACGCGCAUUCGUUGUACAGGCAAAGUUUAUGCUGGAUCAACUGACCGAGUGGCAGCGAGAUCGAUGUCCAGAACUUAUUGCGGAAUGUGGAUGGGAUAUACCAGAUUAUUUCAACUCAGCAGAUAAAAGAGUGCAUGCCAUGCCUGAUUCUUCGAUCCUAGUGCGCGAAGAUGAGCCUACUUCAAUUAUUUCUUACACUCUCAAUUGUGCAGCGUAUCAAUCUGAGAUUCUACAAAAAGAAAUUAAAUCACGUGCCGUCAUCGACAACAGCAGCAUUGUAUCUCUGCCGGCUACAACCGCUGGAGGGCAUCUUAAUAGCGAUGACGAUGAUUAUGAUGACCAACAGCAACACGGGCCACUCGCAGGCAGUAGCAUCAGCACCAGCAACACCACCAAUGACUUUUACUUUUCGUCUUUAGAGCGAUAUUAUCUUGAAAAUCAGAACAAUAUCAACAGCAGCAAUGCAGACAUUUUGGCAACAACAACACAACAACAACCACCAGCCAGUACGUUUGCCACAGCUCGGCAAACGCUGAUCCAGCAUGUACAGGAGCGGCACAUAUCACAGCACCCACAUCUCGGCAAACUCAAAGCACAUUGGCGAGCACGUUUUCAGCAUCAUGCAAGUGCAACAACUGUCCCUUCACCCUGGAAACAUCUAUAUCAUCAUCGUCUUCGCCAUCACUAUAGCCAACAAGAAACACCACCAGCUCCAUUCCUGCCCCAGGAUGAUGGUGAAGCUAAUCCUAUUUCCUGGGAGAUGCAAGAGGAACGGACGAUUGCUCAUCAUGUGAACAAGGAUACUCAUAGCAAGGAAAUUAUCAAAGAAAUACGCUUCCAUAAAACAAUAGCAACAGCAACGACUGAAGACAAUAGUCGGCAAAACAGGAAACUGAGUCCUCAUAUUCGACACAGAUUCGUGCACAACAAUAUUGAGUUUACAUGUGUAGUAUACUAUGCUCAAGAAUUUGAAGAAUUAAGAAAACGAUGCGGUAUAGACCAGGUCAUCAUUGAGUCGCUAUGUCGUUGUCAAACCUGGAAAGCAACGGGUGACGAUAGACUUGUCAUCAAGGAGAUGAUAUCAUCGUGGAACUUGGCUGAAAAACAACAAUUUCUCGAGUUUGCGCCUGCUUAUUUCGAUUACAUGAAGAGGACUGCAGAAGAGGUUCCAAGUGUGCUUACCAAGAUAUUCGGAUUCUAUACGAUUCGCAUGACGGAUAGUCAGAAACGAACAACAUGGGCAAUGGAUGUUAUGGUGAUGGAUCACUUAUUUUACAACCGCACAAUCACCCAGCGAUUUGAUUUCAAAGGCGUUAGUGAUCGACAAGUAGAGAAGCAAGAGCAGCAGCAAUUGACGACUUUGUGGGAUGGUGAUUGGAUCCACGGUUACCGCCUUGGGUUGACUACCACGCAAUACUCCAAGGCACUGAUCAUUGACAUUGCACUACGAAACGAUACCGAAUUCAUUGAAAAGUGCAACAUUAUGGACUACUCGCUACUCGUGGGCAUCGAUGAGCAAAACAAGGAGAUUGUGGUUGGACUUGUCGACUUUAUUGGCGCUUACACAUGGUACAAGAAGAUCGAAUCGAAAAGCAAAGCUACAUUGAAGCCACAGAAGCAGGUGACUGUAUUGCCUCCACAGCAGUAUCGAGCACGGUUCUGCCGAGAAAUAAGCAACUAUUUUGUCUCGGUGCCAGGGAAGUUCGAUCGCGUUGAGCCCAAGGAAGAGAGAAAUUCGUUCGUUGCGUCUUUCUGUGGGGUUUACAUGGAUUUAUAA